UCUAAUUCAGCCGGUUCUCGAAUUUCCCUGGGCCACGCGGCGCCUUAAGCCUUCAUGUCAUUACUAAACAUACUAUUAUAGCAGCCCUGCAAGAGAAGAUCCAUCGUUCUAUCAUCGCAUUAUCUGUCCACUACUGAUCCCCGGAUCAUUGGUCCGUUUCUAUUAGAUCGACUCAGUCUAAUAGCACCGCGGCUCAUGCCCCAAAGGCGCUACCACAAUAAGAGCCGACAUGGCUGUUCGCAGUGUAAGAAUAAUCGCACAAAGUGCGACGAAGAUAGACCCCAAUGUGGCCGAUGCAGAAGGAUAGGUUCGGCUUGCUCGUUGGCUACUCAGCCAGCGAAUCUGGUAUUCGUGGCACCCAGAAAUGAAAUGCCUUCAAAUCAAGCCAGAGACGACUCAUCUCGUAUCAAUCACCGAUCAUCUAGCAUUUCUGACGGAUAUAGCAGCCAUUCUCCUAGCGAUUUGAUUUCUGCUGCAGCUUCCACACCUGGUACGGAACGCUCUGACAUGGAAUGUGACUUUACGGAUACAGAAAAGGAACGGCUGAGGUUAAUGAAUCAUUACGCUUUACACACAUCAAGAAGUAUCACGGACGUCAUCAUACCACGAGACCAACACCAAUCGUUAUGGGGAGAGUGGGUUACUGAGCUGGCUUUCAAACAUAAUUUUCUGUUGCACGGCCUUUUGGGAUUGAGUGCCUUACACUUGGCUCUUAAGGGUGUUUCACCGCAAAGACACACGGUCAUCGCUAUCCGCCAUCAUGAUCUCGGUGUCGCAAUGUUUCGGUCGUACCUUUCUAACAUCACACCCGAAAAUCAUGAUGCUGUUUUUGCAUUCUCAUGCGUCGUCAGCCUCUAUACUUUUGGGAUCCAGCGUCCCUCUGAGCCUACAGAAGACCCUAUAGACAGGCUUCACCAGGUCUUCUCUCUAAUUCGAGGAUCAUCCUUUCUCGUCAAAUCUGAUCACGAUACCAUGGUACGUAGUCGUUGGUCCGUCUUGAUGUUGCCACAUCCGUUUCCACCGACGGUGCUUUCAUCUGAGCUUGAGGAUGUGCUAAGCAAACUCCUUUCACGCGCUGCAAUGGCGCCCGAAGCCGCUCGCAUGGGUAUAUAUGAACCGACCAUAAAAACUCUGAGACACAGCCUUGCAAUGUCAAUUAUGUAUCGCCGCAUAAAAAUGACAUUCUCAUAUUUUGCUGUUAUUUGCCCUCCAGAGUUCUGGUCAAUGGUGCGCAUUGGCGAGCCCUUGGCUCUGUCCAUUCUAGCCAACUACGCAGUCACUCUCGACUGGCUGCGGAGCAACAUAUGGAUGGCAUACUGGGGGAGAGAAAUAGUUGUUGCCGUUCGUAAGGCAUUGCCGCUAGACUGGCACGAAUGUAUUGCCUGGGCUGUCCAAGAAAUGGAACGCCCAUCUGAAUCAGAUGGACUCGGGCGUUACUCAGCAUCAAUAUCAGAUUCACUGCAAGAGAACGAUCAGAUUACCACCUCAUUGGCAUUAUAAGUUGCGCGCGGUAUCACCUUCGUUAAAAGGAUUUCUAGGAGAGUCCUUUCACGGUUCCCAAAUUCUAACUAUCUAUUUUUUGCUCCACGUAGAGCGCCUCCCCAUAUGAGCUGAUGUCGUACCCGUUCUCUUCCAAAUACGCCUUGAACCUGGCAUCCUCGGUUUCCAGCUCUCGCGACAUAUCCGGGAUCAGGAACCACGCUAUCAACGCGCCAACCAUACAGAAAGCCG